AUGGACACAAUCUGGAAACUUGACUCGAAGGCGCGUCCCCGUGGAGCGUCCAACUACGCUUCUGUUCAGACAAAUGUGGGAGGCGUCGGUGCCAAUCUUGCAAUCGCUGUGGCGCGUUCUGAUCUGUCUCGUAGACCAACUUUCAUCACAACAAUUGGUGACGACUCGGCCGGCGCCUUUUUAGAGAACCGACUUUCGAAAGAGCUAAAUCUCAUAAAACAAGAUGUAAAAGAAGGCUCAAGAUCUGGACAGUACAUGUGCGUAGUGGAAGACGAUGGCGAAAUCCACGUUGCUGCUCAAGACAUGGAAAUUUCAAAUCAAUUUGCAAUCGAUACCGAGGUCAAGCGGCGGAUAGAAUCUUGUAAAACAAUUUUGCUUGAUUUCAAUCUUCAGCCGAAAAUGGCAGAUGUAGACGAUAUGUUCGGUGAUGAGCCCAUCGUGGUCAAGCCGAGUUUAAGUGAGGUAAAUGGGGACUCAAAAAUUGAUUCGGGGGAACCAACGCCUGUUGUGCCAGUUGCCGCUGAUGACAACAAAAUGGAAACGGAAGAAAAUGUGGAAAACGGGCAAUCUGGCGCUGAAGUCAUUACAAUCGAAGAUUCUAACCAGAAUGGAGUGGAAGCAAAAGCAACAGAUAAAAAGAAUGAAAUAGAACCAUACGUCUCAGAAACGAACAUUGUUCAGGUGAACAACGUCACUACAAAAGCAACGGAAGAGCAAAUGAGUGUAUUAUUCAGUUUCAUCGGGCCCAUUACAGACAUUGCCUUGUACCCAAAGUAUGACGUCUCACUCGUCCAGAACAAAGUCUGUUUCGUGAAGUUCCAGUCGAAGGCAGACGUUGUUGUUUCCCUCCAUCUCAGCAAUACUGUCUUUAUCGACCGUGCGCUUCAGGUGAAGGAAUGGAAGGACGAGUGGCCAGAUGAGUCCGAGGCGAUUAUCUACUGCACGCCCCAAGAUGUCGUCAAGAACAUGAACCUAGGAGACGGACUGGAUGCUACUUCGACCGCGCUGACUCUCUUCAACAAUCCGCGUUUGAUGACGACUGUGAAUGCGCAAUCGGCGGAUGAGUUUAGACGACAAAUUUGCGUUGGAAACGUUCAUGAAAUCGUAACAGAUGAACAGGUGAAACAAUACUUUGAAUCCUACUCUGGAAAAGUCGACCGGGUGGAAUUCCAUGAGCUUCGAAAAGGAAGAAAGACUGAAAUGGACAAGGACGAUGUUGGACACCAAGUGCGCUACUGCACUGUUGUGUUUUCUGAUGCAUCUUCUGUUGGUGCAGCUCUUCAACUUGAUGGAAACAUGUUCGCUGGAAUUCCGAUAUCAAUCAAGCACACGAAAUACUCUGACAUCAAACACGACGCUGCUCCAGAUGCAAUGAGCAAGCUUGACCGAGACUUUGGUAGCAAAAAGAAGAAGUCUAGAUCACGAUCAAGAUCAAGAUCUCGAAAGAAAAGCUCAUCCCGCCGUCGAUCUAGGUCACGCGACCGUGAUCGCCGCCGCCGAGAACGAUCACGCUCUAGAGACCACAAGAAAAGUAGUAAAAAGAGUCGUAAACGAUCUCGAUCGCGAAAACGCUCCCGACGCUAG